GCCUCUCCUUCCCUCCCUCCCUUGCUCAGCGAAUUACUCGGGGAUGGGGGGAGUUCCAUAUGAAAUCUAGGAGGUCUCAGAGGAUCGGACAGCCGAUCCCUCCAUCUGCACACCCGCUGCCGCCGCCACCUGAAUGAAACAAACCUCCCUCAGUUCAGGCAGCCGAGCCCUCGCCGGAGAGCUGCUGCUGCUGCUCAACAUUUUCCUUCCGCCGUCGGGGAAUUCGCAGCUGCCUGGGCAGAGGCGCCUUAAAAGAGUUUUUGAAAGGGCUCCCAGUCCUGCGCCGGGACCGAGGCGGUGACGCUUCCAUUUCCCGACCGGAGUGAGAACUGUGCACUUCAGGCGUCAGCAGAGACCGGGGGGGGGGCGUACCGUUUGACCCGGCCGGACCGGAGUGAGAACCGCCGCGUUCGGAGGAGCCCGCCACGUGGAGGAGGAGCAGCGACGGAGGAGGAGGAGGAAAGGAAGGACGGGCCCUUUUGCGCUCCUAGCUCGCACUUAAUCGCAACGUCUGAUCCUCUUUCCCCGAAGAAGCAGCAGCCCCUCGCGGGGCUUGGCGUUGCUGGACCGACUGCGAAACUCAGGAGUAAACGUGGUUUUGUUUCCGCGUCUGCCACGGUUCACCUUGUUGAUGCGGGUCUGCGUCUCUAAGGCCAGAUCCAGUCCCAGAAUAAUGAGCAGGGUCAGCUAGUCAAGGUCUUUCUCGGCUCCAGGAUCCCUGUGUGGCUUUGCAGUUAAGAAUAAUAAAGCAUCCACUGCCUGAUCAUGAACUAUUUGCAGAAGUGGCGUGCUUUUUUUACCAACCUCGAAGAUCUAGUUCAGAAAACCUGGUUUUGUUAAAGACCGAGACAGACGUUAUCAAGUAUAUGUAAAGGAUUAAGUUCAAAAGAGGAAGGGAGGAAUCCAACACAGCCAAGAGUGACCCAGUACAACUGGUCUGCAAAGUCUAUUCUCCUCAGCAUGUCAAACAGGUCUCUCAACGCCAGUGAAUUGCCGGAGGAGUGGAACGAGGGGACGCUGCUAGGCCUGAAGGUUUCGCUUGCCGCCAUCUUGGCUGUGAUCACUCUGGCGACGAUGCUCUUCAAUAUGUUUGUGAUCAUCACCAUCAUUCUGACCAGGAAACUCCACACUCCUGCAAAUUACCUCAUUGGUUCUUUGGCCGCCACAGACCUUUUAGUGUCCAUCCUGGUCAUGCCAAUCAGCAUUGCUUACACCAUUAGCCACGAAUGGAACUUUGGCCAGAUCAUGUGCGACAUCUGGUUGUCCUCAGACAUCACCUGCUGUACGGCCUCCAUCUUGCACCUUUGUGUGAUUGCCUUGGACCGGUACUGGGCCAUCACAGAUGCUCUCGAAUAUACCAAGCGCCGGACUGCCAGCAGAGCUGCCUUGAUGAUCACUGUGGUUUGGGUCAUUUCCAUCUGCAUCUCCAUGCCGCCCCUUUUCUGGAGACAGGCCAAAGCUCAGGAAGAAAUACGGCACUGCGUCGUGAAUACGGAUCAGAUCUCCUACACUAUUUACUCCACCUGCGGCGCCUUCUAUAUUCCAACGGUGCUGCUCAUCAUCCUCUACGGUAGGAUUUACGUGGCCGCUCGAUCCCGGAUUCUUAAGCCGCCAUCGCUGUACGGGAAGCGAUUUACCACGGCCCACCUGAUCACUGGCUCAGCAGGCUCCUCCCUCUGCUCCCUCAGCUCCAACCUUCAGGAAGGGCAUUCUCAUUCCAGCAGCUCCCCAGUAUUAAUCAACCACGUAAGGAUCAAAGUCGCCGAUAGCAUCCUGGAGAGGAAACGGAUUUCGGCGGCCCGGGAAAGAAAAGCCACAAAAACUCUGGGGAUUAUUUUAGGAGCGUUCAUUUUCUGCUGGCUCCCGUUCUUUGUGGUGUCUUUAGUCCUGCCUAUCUGUCACGAAGCUUGCUGGUCUCAUCCCAUUCUGCUUGACAUUUUCACAUGGCUAGGCUACCUGAACUCACUGAUCAACCCCGUGAUAUAUACUGCCUUUAACGAAGACUUCAAACAGGCUUUUCAGAAAAUGAUUCGGUUUAAGAAGUGCUCCUAGUCCCGAAACUCCUUCCGGGUUUGACAUAGCUGCCAAUGCAUAAACUGUACCCCACCUGCACUCAUACUUUCCUAUGGGGUGGAUGAUGAUGGUCUCAUUGACUGUAUUCAGCUGAUUAUAACUCGGCUUAAUGACGCUUUUUGGCAACUUGCAUGCAGCCCCUCUAUUUUCCUCUCCGGCUGAACAAACUAGGAAGUAUUACAGUAACGGAAUGGAAGUCUUCCAUUUCUUCCAAACCAGGAAACUAUGGUUAAUGACUUCAGAACAAACCAGUAUGUAUGAAUUUGUGGUUUGACGAU